GCAGCACCGGGUAGGGUGGUUGGGGCAGGGGAUGGCGUUUUGCACGAUGUCACCAGCUGCGGGACAAUGGCUGAGCAGGAUGGAGGAGAGCCAGGGUGAAGACACAUCCAAGCCAGCCAAUGGCUCACUGACCACACACGUGCUGAACACUGCCACGGGGCUGCCGGCCACUGGCCUUGCUAUCCAUGUGGCCCAGCUGCAGGAGCCUGGGACGCGGUGGACGGAGUUGGCACAAAGGUAGGAGAACUGUUGGAAGGCACAGAAUGGGCAGAGAAUGCUAUUGCCUGUGUCCCGGGAGCUCUCGCCACUGGUGCUGCCAGUGGCAUGGCCAGGGACAGCUACACUGGCAUGGCUGGGGACAGCCAUGGUGACACAGCCAGGGACAGCUGUGGUGGCAGGGCUUGCUCCUUUCCCUUUCAGGUGGACCAAUGAGGAUGGGCGCUGUUCACCCCUCCUGGCACCGGGGCAGGUCAAGGCGGGCACCUACAAGCUGCGCUUCGAGACAGCAGCAUACUGGCAGCGCCUGGGGCACCCCAGCUUCUACCCUUUCGUGGAGGUCGUCUUCACCAUCACUGACCCAGAGCAGAAGUUCCACGUCCCGCUGCUGAUCAGCCCCUUCUCCUACAUGACCUACCGGGGCAGUUAGGGAGAAGAUGUGUCCCCCCACAAGGGACACAGGUCACUGAGGGAAUGACCUGCAUCAUCACACCAUUAAAGGCUUCAAACAGUG